UGUUAUUUUUACUUCCCGUUAACGUUUACAGAUCGCCAUGUUCUGCCGACAAGGACCGUAAAGCCGAUUAUAACACGGAUUUUCAAGACAAAAGUGACCAUAUUGAUGACUUAGCUGUUUAUUUCCUGUUUACAGUCGGGGGCAAUCAUUAUUUAAGAUUGUUAAGAGACUGCAAUACAAGUUGGUUGAAACACAUCAAACUUAACAUUAUGGAUGGGAUGUUGAUGGAAUGGGAGAAAAUGUUGCCUGACCCUAAUGAACUUGAUGACCUUGACAUGAUAGACAAUGACCUCCCCUUGUUUGAUAGAAAAAACGAGUCACCUAGUAUACUGGAUAGUGCAAAUAUGGAAGACUUUAAUACUACAGACAAUUCCAUUCAAAGUCACAAGCCAAAGGAUGUAAUUCUGCAUGGUAAACAGGUAGGGGAAAUAACUCAGUUAUCUGUUGUCCAAGAUAGUGCAGAAACUCUAAAGUUGAUAGAUGAACUUAACUCCACUAACAUGACUAAGACUCCUGAGGAAAGUCUUCCUGAUGUGUCAAAAAGGAAAAAAAAUGAAAAAGAGAUGGUGCAUGAUAAGACCAAAACUAAUGACCACACGACAACUGAUCAAUGUUAUGUGAAUGGAGAGGUCAAGAAAAGGGAACCCAAGGUACCUACUCACACGGAAAUACAGGGAAAACCAUGCAAUGGUAGUGAUUAUGAUAAAAGUUUGACUAGUAAUUUUGAAAACUGCGUAGACUCUCCUCUUCAAAUUAGUGAUGUAAGAACAGGAGAUAUACCGCCUGAAAAAGAAUUUCAGUCUCAGGCGAAAAAAAGUAAGAUAGAUGAAAUUGAUGAAAAUCAUUUACCUGCUGGAGAGAUCAAUAAAGAGGACAACAAUAAAGACAGUAGUGGUAUUGAUCUUGCAAUUUCAAAUGUAACAGGAUCAGUUAAUUCAUCUAAAAAUGAAAUAGCCGCUGAAUCCGAUGUAUCACAAGGAGACAAAAAAGAUUUAAGCAAAAAUAACAAUGUUCUGGAAAGGGUAAAAAAUCAGGAAAAUAAAAAUCUUAAUUCAUCAGAAGUUUCUAAUGAUAUAGACAUUAAUUUAACUAAAAGUAAUAAUCAAAGGGAGAUAACUCCCAAUGAAAAAAAUGACAAUCAUCAGGAAAAGAAGAAUGAUGAAUAUAAUGACUUUGUUAUGCUAGCUAUAAAGGAAGAACCUAUGGAUUAUGAUGAAUAUGCAAAACCUGAAGAAUUCAUGACCAAUUUUUAUAAUGAUAUGGAUGGCCUGGUCAAUGAGAGUGGUCAAGGGGAUGGCUUUGGUGAACUGGAUGCCUUUGGCACAAGCUGUCCUGUAACUGAUUAUACAUUAACAGAAAUGGGGAUGUUUCAGUGUGUAUACUGUAGCGUGAAGCUUCCAUCAUUUGAAGAAUUUGAAACACAUUUAAAUUUGAGGCAUAGUACAAUGUACAAAUGCAAAUAUUGUGGAGCUAAGUUUUACCGAUCACAGAAACUUGCUAUUCAUUGUCGUAUUUCACAUUCGGAAGAAAAGGCCAGUGAAAACAUGAAAUCUGUUUAUAAAAACAAUAAACUUACACCUAGUACAGUUACAAAGAGAAAAAAGGCCAAAGUAUACAGAGAUGAAGACGGCAACCAAAUAUAUAAGUGUGCUUAUUGCUCUAAACAAUUUAGGGUUCAACAAGCAAUGGCAUCCCAUGUAAGAAAUGCUCAUAUUUAUUUAACUACACAAAACAAAGAUGCUAAGAUUAAAAAGGGAAAGAAUAGUCAUGGAAAAUUGGUGAAACAAAAAGUUCGUCCUGAGACUGAAAAUUCUAAUCACGACAAAGGGAAUGAGAAUGUGAAGGAUGAAGAAAAAGAACAGAAUGACACUGAUAAAGAAACUACACGAAGACAAGAUGAUAAAAAGCCAGUUCUACCUUACAGAAAUAUGUCAUUUGAGUCAGAUUCUAGUCAAAUAGAAGAAUCUCUAGCUAAUGCUGACUGUUCUUUGAAAAGAGAAUUAAAAAGUAAUCAAAUUUAUCAUUGCUCAAAAUGUACGAAAUGGUUUUAUCGUGAGAAACAAAUGGAAAAUCAUGAAAAGAACUGCACUGGAAUUAAACAAGAACCUGUUUUCGAGGAAAUAGAACCAAAAAAUAAAAUGGAUGUUGAUAGUCAAGACACUGAACAGAAACAUGAGAAAGGCAGAGUAGUAAACCAGACUGAAAUAAACAAUGUUGAAUCAAAAAUUAGGUCUGAGAUUACUAAAAAGUUACGAGAGAAAAUGUUAAAGAAGAAAAGCAAGGGUGUAACAAUUAUCAGCAAAUCAGGAAAUACCCACCAUGUUAAAGCAUGUAAAGAGAGAAUUAAGCCAUGUGAAGAUAACUUCCUUCCAAAGUACUUCUGUAAAUAUUGUCCGUCCUCAUUCGAAGAAGGAAAGGUAUUGAACUUGCACCUACUUAAACAUUUAGGUGAUGUUGUUCGGAGAGCAGACCAUUAUAAAUGUAAAAUAUGUAAAUGUUUAAAGAGAUCUACACCUAUGUUAUUGCACUUACAGAAACACACUAGUUAUGAAGUCAAACAACUGUAUCAGUUACCAGCCAUCCCAGAGUGCAGUAUUUGUGGAAAGCCAUAUUUAAAUGGUCCACGUCUCAAAAAUCAUAUGUUAAAACAUGGCAAUUGCAACAAUAACACAAAUCCUUUGAAUUUAGAUGCGGUUAUAAAAGCUGGCUUAGUCAGCAGUUCCAUUGCAAGUACAUGUUUAAACGUUAAAAGAAAUGAAAACACUUCUUGUUUAAACAGCACUGAAACAAACAGUGAACAUAUAUACAGUGAUAUGGUUUCAUCAAAUGGGAAAAUUGAUGAAUCCUUAUUUAUGUCCCAGAGACCUGUUAGUUUAGAUGACAUACCUUUUCAGUGUGGUAUGUGUCGGGCUCGUUUCCCGAACUCACAAUAUCUUCUUCAUCAUAUCACACUUCAUAUGCAAGGACCGUAUGUAUUUAAAAUAGAAGUAGACAAAAAGGAUAAGAACAAGAAAGAAAAAGCUGAAAGACCAAAAUUAACUAGUGGCAACAUUAUGGUUCAGAGACAAUCUGUUACGGUACCAAAAGCAACGCACAAGAUGGAAACAUUAAAAUCUAUAGAUAUCUCGGGCACUACAUCCUUGACAACACAAAUGGCCAAGCCUAUACCUAUAAUUAUUAAUAUGCCAGAUAUCAAGAGAUAUUCAAAUGAUACUACUGGUUUCCAAAUGACAACUGGUACCAGCUGUAACACUGUGAAUUCCAUUGCUCAGGAUCAUAUGUACACCACCUCAAUUUUACCACAAUCAAAUGCUUCACUUGUAUCAAUACAGACUGAUAAUCAGGAUAAUCAUAAUAAUGAUCAUGAUUCUUCAGAAACUGAAUCAUGUAUUUCUUCAAAUGUUGAAUCACUGCCUGACUAUGAUACAGAUGAAUGCAUACAAAUGGAAAAACAAGCAAAUAAAAAAGUCAAAACAGCGAAAACUGUGAAACGAACAUCUUCUAUUUGUGAAGGAAAAAAUAAUGUAUUUGCAAGUACUAGGGUCGCAAAUUUUAAGAAAUGUUUUGAUAUUGCUAGUGGAGAAUGGUUUGAAUGUCCGUAUUGUUUAUUUUUAUGCCAGACAUCCGCUGAACUGGAACUUCACAUGCAUAAUCACAAUGAGGAUAAGGAUCUAAAAAGUGAACCAUGUCCAGUGUGUGAUCGAAAGUUUGUAUCUAAAUGGCAUCUCUCAAGACAUUUAUCAUCUCAUAAACAAAAUCUGUAUUUGUGUGCUUUCUGUGAUCAAUCUUUUGCAACCUCAGUUCUCGUCAUGGAACAUAUGGCCGAAGUGCAUCAACGAUGACUGUGAUAAAUCAUAUAUCAUCACCUCAGUGUCCGUCAUGGGACAAAUGGCUUGAGUACAUCAACAAUGUCCGUGAUGAAUUAAUUAUAUAUCACCACAUCAGUUCUCGUCAUGGAACAUAUAUGGCCGUAGUACAUCAACAAUCCCCGUUAAAAAUCAUAUAAACCACCUCUAUUCUUGUCAUGGAACAUAUAACUGAAAUACAUCAACAAUGGCUGAAGUACAUUAACUAUGUCCAUGAUAAAUCAUAUAUCUCACCUCAGCUCUUAACACGGAACAUUUGGCUGAAGUACAUCAACAAUGACAGUGAUUUUACUGAGCACUUAACAAUUAUAGAUAUACAUUCGAUUCCUUGGACAUUUUGUACAUUAUAUACUGUAAAAUCAGAAAUCGUCAGGCUUUAUUAAAAAUGUGAAUAAUUCGACUAUCACAAUAUAAUAAGAACUCACAUGCUCAAAUAUUACAUGUACAUCAUAUAUGUAUGCAUAUUUUGAUUGAAAUCACAAUUAUUAGACUCAAAUUUUUUUCCAUGUUUCAAAUAUCUCAAAAAUAAAUGAAGGCAACUUGAACAAUCAAUUCUGAAUUUACAGUAUACAAUAAUUUAUUUGCCAAUUAUCACCAAUAACCCAAUUACCAUUGGGUUCUGUUAUUACAAACUUUUAUAAUACAAGUUGUCUCCCUUUGUUAAUUGUAGACUCAGGUUCUGAAACAGACAAUAUAUCAUGCUAUUCUGUAACUGACCCUGUUAUUAGAGAUUCAUUUGUACAAGUUUAUUUACUUUAAGAUAAAUCACCAUAGGCGGACCCAAGGGACCCUGCCCCCCCCCCCCCCUUUUUGGUGGGGGAAAAUUUAGUUGUUUAUAUAGGGAAUCACUGAAGCAAGACUAGAGCGGGCCCCCCACUCAUGAAACCACUUAUAAAAAGUUCUGGAUCCGCCACUGAUCAUAUCAGUUUUCAGUUACUUAAAAGAUCUUUUUGGGGAAAAAAUCAUUUCGCUGUAAUGUGUGUGACCUUUAAGUUUUUCAAAAUAUUUUAAUUACAUUUAAUCUUUUGUUUAGUUAGUUACAUUUAAUUAUAAAAGUUUCAUUAAUUUUUUUUAAAGAAAGGUUAAAAUCCAAAAUAUAUUUCAAGCUUUGUAUGCUGUACGUAUUAUGACCAUUUCAAAACUAAUGUCUUCAAUGGGCAAAGGGAAGCAACUUCUGUUAAAAAAAAGUCUGUAAGUUCAACUGUUUUCAUUAAAAAUAAUAGUUUAUAAAUAUUAGAAAUAUGAUACAAAGCAAAAUUAUUACAGAACAGAUUUUAGUUUUUUCAAAAAAGAUUGAAUUGAAAUUGUAUUCUUGUCGUUUUAACAAAAAAGAAAAUAAUUUCGUGUCAUAUUGUAAUACAAAUGUAUAAAUCAAUCAAAAUCAUGUGCUUCUUAUAUGACAAACAUAUGAUUAACUCCAUUAUUUGGCAAUUAAAAUUUUCAAAUGUUGUAAAAUACUUUUAAUUCCUUUAAAAAUUAUGCAAAAAAAUAUAUUUAGGAUGAUAAUGUGCAGAAAUUUUGCUGUGAUCAGGUGAUGCCAUAAUCUUAACCUAAUUUUAUGGUUUAUUGAUGGGUGAGUUUAUAAAUAGCUGAAGUGACAUUAGGUUUUACCCUGUAAACUCAGAUCAAGUACCAGUUUAGGAAGCGUCACUUUUACCAUUCCCCAGUUAUGUCCCUUUAUAACUUUAUAUGAUAUGCAAGUUGGGUGCAUCAUCUGUGUCCCAUAGACACAUUCCCAAUUUAUUUUAAUGUCGGACUAAUAUCUCAAAGACUAUUGGCAUAUCCAAGCUAUCAAUUGAGUAAGAAAGAUACAUGUAUUAUUGUAUGGGCUCUCUUAUUCUAUUUUCAAAUAAAAAAGGAGCUUAACAAUUUUUGAAAGUCUAUAAUGAGUUCUGAACCAAUAGAGGUAUUUAGUAAGACUGAUUUCAUUGAAUCAAUCUUUUCAUUGUAAAUACAUGAGGGCCUUUCAAAACUCUAGUGUAGGGUCGAUGGGGUUAGGAAUACAAGUGAACAAGUCUGCAUUUGAAAGUGUAAAUUUGUUGACAUUUACAAUAAUGACCAUAGCUAUUGAUAUCAGGGUAAAAUUACAUUUUUUAUGAGACAUAAAACAAUUAUUUUUUAGUUUUAUAAUAUAUAUUGAAUUUUGUUAUUUAAUGAACUUUAAUGUUACAAAAAUGUACUUUUAGUUAAAUAUAUUCUACUUGUUCAUAUUAUAAAUUUUAUCAGUAGAUCAUAAUUUUUUGAUUAUGCAAAUUACUGUAAAUUCUGAAAUUAUUGCGUGCAUUUA